CGCAAGUGCGCUGCCCUCCGAGCUCCGAUGUCAAGACCGGCAGCCUUAACGCUCUGCCUGCUGCCUCUCGUCCUCCACGUCCUGUCAUACCAAGCUGCUACCGGCCAUGGUCUCCAAGGACAAAAGGCUGUAUGGGAUGGAGGAGGGUGUGAGUCACAGGAGAACCGCCGUGACCCUAAGUGCAAGCAGAUAGAACAAAUCAAUGAUACAGGAGAGGCACAGCAGCCCUGGAGCGCGGAGAAGGAGCACCUUCAUGCAAAACGACUGGAAAAAGCCUCACAGGCCGUCAACCCCCUAGACUUUUCAAUGCAUGGAUCCUAUGAAGAAGCCAGAAGAAACAUGUCUAAAACAAAUGGACAAUCCGAAAGGACUCCAACUCCCACUGCCACAGGAAAAAGGGAACAGAAUAACACAGGAAGCAUCAUCGCUAUGACUGCCAAUGCCACUGCCAGUAAAAUGAGGGGAACCAACACCACCACAAGAAUCAACAACACUCCAAGUCCCAAUGCCACUUGCACCACGGAAAAUGCCACCAUCACAGAAACCACCACCAAUCAAACUACUACGGCCGGUUGCACCACGGGAAUCACCACCUCCACCACAGGAACCACCAACACUACGACUCCCACUGACAGUAGCACCACAGAUACCACCACCACUCUGACUCCCACUGAAACCACCGAAACCACCACCACUCCGACUACCACUGCCAGUAGCACCACGGGAAAGACCACAACCACCGAAACCACCACCACUCCGACUACCACUGCCAGUAGCACCACAGAAACCACCACCACCACCGGAACCACCACCUCUCCGACUACCACUGCCAGUAGCACCACGGUAACCACCACCACAUCAGGAACCACCACUACUCCGACUACCACUGCCAGUAGCACCAUGGUUACCACACCCACAUCAGGAACCACCACUACUCCGACUACCACUGCCAGUAGCACCAUGGUAACCACCACCACCACAGGAACAAACACCACUCCGACUCCCACUGCCAGUAGCACCACGGGAACCACCACCACAUCAGGAACCACCACCACUCCGACUACCACUGCCAGUAGCACCAUGGUAACCACCACCACCACAGGAACCACCACCUCUCCGACUACCACUGCCAGUAGCACCACGGUUACCACACCCACAUCGGGAACCACCGCUACUCCGACUACCACUGCCAGUAGCACCACGGUUACCACACCCACAUCGGGAACCACUGCUACUCCGACUACCACUGCCAGUAGCACCAUGGUAACCACCACCACCACAGGAACAAACAACACUCCGACUCCCACUGCCAUUAGCACCACGGGAACCACCACCACUCCGACACCCACUACCAGUAGCACCACAGAAACCACCAGCACCACCAUCACAGGAACCACCACAUCUCCGCCUCCGACAUCCAGUAGCACCACAGGAACCACCACGAACACUGGAAGCACCACCACUCCGACUACCACUGCCAGUAGCACCACAGAAACCACCAGCAUCACCACCACAGGAACCACCACCACUCUGACUCCCACUGCCAGUAGCACCACAGGAACCACCACCACUCCGACUACCACCGCCAGUAGCACCACGGGAACCACCGCCACCACAGGAACCACCACCAAUCCGUCUCCCACCUCCAGUAGCACCACGGGAACCACCACCACCACAGAAACCACCACCACUCCGACUCCCAUGGCGAGUAGCACCACGGGAACCACCACCUCCACCGGAAGCACCACCACUCCGACUCCCACUACCAGUAGCACCACAGAAACCACCACAACCACAGGAACCACCACCUCUCCGACUACCACCCCCAGUAGCACCACGGUAACAACUUCCACAUCAGGAACCACCACCACUCCGACUACCACUGUCAGUAGCACCACGGGAACCACCACCACCACAGGAACCACCACCACUCCGUCUCCCACUGCCAGUAGCACCAGCGCAACCACCAGCACCACCACCACUCCGACUACCACCGCCAGUAGCACCACGGUAACCACCACCACAUCAGAAACCACCACCACUCCGACUCCCACUGGAAGCACCACCACGACCACCGAAACGACCACCUCUCCGACUACCACUGCCAGAACCACCACCAAUCCGUCUCCCACCUCCAGUAGCACCAUGGGAACCACCACCACCACAGAAACCACCACCACUCCGACUCCCAUGCACCACGGUUACCGCAUCCACAUCGGGAACCACCGCUACUCCGACUACCACUGCCAGUAG